AUGGUAACAGGCAUUAGAAUCUUCAAUCCAAAGGCAAACCCCCUUCCUCAAAACCUAACAGAGUCUGCACACAUUGUGGUUGCACUAAUCACAUGGUUGAAACCUGCUUUGUCAAGCAUGAUUACCCCUGAUUUCAAGAACAAGCCAAGAUCAAGUCCUUCUAUUAACAAUGUUUCUGACCCUCCUUUAGCCAGUUCAACAAAUACUGGUGUAUAUUACGUAAAGUGUAUAAAGACGCGGUUAGAGACAAUACAAAAGAAGAGAAGAUAUGUUCAUAAGUUUACGAAGGAUGAUAUCGCAGAACUUCUUAGGCGAGGACGUGAUUAUGAUGCAUAUAAAAGGGCUGAAUGGCUUCUAUUUGAGGAAAAAAUGUUAUCAUGCUAUGAAUUUAUCGAGAAGUUUAUCGGAUGCGUAUCAGAUCAUCUUGAAGAUUUAAUUCAACAAAGUGAUUGUCCUGAGGAAUGCAAGGAAGCUAUACCGUCAUUGAUAUAUGCUGCAGCAAGAAUUUCCGAUUUACCAGAAUUGCGUGAUCUUAGAACUGUCUUUACAGAAAAAUAUGAGAAUUCUCUUGAACCAUACAUAAAUAAAGAGUUUGUUGACAAGUUGAGAAGAGAUCCUCCUACAAGAGAAAUGAAGAUUAGGUUAUUAUAUGAUAUAGCUCAAGAAUUCUCUAUAAAGUGGAAUGCAAAGGGUCUCAAGAAAAUUCUUCACAAAGAUCCAAAUGAGAAAUCUGGUGGAGAAGAAUGCGAAUAUACAUCGAAAGAAAAUGAGGCAAGAGAGCAAUAUAGUAGUGAUGAUGAAACAACAAGCACAGACACAUCAUCAUCACCUCAUCAUCAUGGAAGAAAAUCUAGUUCAAGUUCAUUUGGAAGUGUUUCUGAAGAUGAUCAUGAACAAAAACAAAAAGUAGAAGAAGAAAUCAAGAAACCAAGAUCCUUUUUGCUAAUUCCACCCCCUUACCAGCUCAAACAAAAUACUAACAACAAUUCCAACAAAACAAUGGAUUCUGAAGCACUUGAUGAGAAAAAUGUGGAUUCUAGUGAAAUGACACCGACAACUUCUGGGGACACAACAUCAUCGUCAAAAGGGAAUGUACCAAUGUGGUCUGGUGCAUGGCGUGUGCCUCCUGAUUAUGAUGAAUUCAUUGCUCGUUUUAAAGCUUUAACAGGAAGAUCAUAGAAAUUUAUUAUGGCUAGUGGAGUUUAUUAAUCACUAUUAUGUAUUCAACAUAUGAGUUUGUAUUUUAAGACUAGAAGAUAAAUACAAUACAAUAUAAAUUUAAUUUAAACCGAAGAGCACUUGAAUGAGAUGGUAAGGGAUCUCUUCCAGCUUAACCAGAGGUCCUGAGUCAUUGUGGUCAUACUCAACUCGAAGGAUCAGUGUUUGCAAUUAUGCAUAGAGGAUAUCCGAUUUCUUAAUUUUUUUUUUUAAAUAUUUAACUAGCAUUGUUGUAAAAAUCACAUAAUUCAAGUGUUGUA